CCCCAGGCUGGAACUGACGGUCCUCAUCAGCUGCAUUCCCGCGCGCAGACUCCACCUCCCCCAGAAAGCCAGUUUUUACGAAAGCAAAUGGAUGCAAGUGCACGGAGCUCACUUAGGUCACAAGUUCGUGAAGGUCAUAGCACAUAACAGUAUCGACUAGGGGCAUAGCACAAGACACCAUGUCACCAGAUAGGGGAACUCGCCAAAGCAGCGAAGGCAGUGGGCUAGGAUACGACGUGGACGACAAUAUCCCUCUCCAGGAGACCAUAUACCAUCGCCAAGCCAGCGAACCCCCACAUUAUUCCAGCAACAGCAGCAGCGAGCGAUUAAUCAACGUAGACGAACGGCACAAACAAACAGAAUCGGAUGGAAAGGUCGCGAUGCUAGCAAAAGGCCUCUCCCGGCAAUUCUCCAUCGAGUCACUGUCCUCACUACGGCAAAAUAACGAUUUUCACAUCGAACCCGGAUCCAAUCUCGACCCGCAAUCGCCCACAUUCAGUCCGCGGGCGUGGGUGAAGGCCUUGCUGAGCUUACAUUCCCGGGACCCCGAACGGUUCCCAAAACGCACGGCCGGCGUCGCGUUUCGCAACCUCAACGUGUUUGGGUAUGGUGCGGACACGGAUUACCAGCGCACGGUGCAGACCGGGCUGCAUGACGUCGUCGGGUGGGUGAAAAGCGUGUUGGGGAUCGGACAGCGCAAGAUCCAGAUCCUCCAUGACUUUGACGGUGUCGUGCAUAGCGGGGAGAUGCUAGUGCUGCUUGGAUCACCCGGCAGUGGAUGUUCAACCCUGCUCAAAACACUCGCGGGGGAAACUCACGGAUACAUCAUCAACAGCGACGUGUACCUCAACUACCAGGGGAUCAGCGCCAAACAGAUGCACAGCGAUUUCCGCGGGGAAGCGAUUUAUACGGCUGAAACCGAUGUGCAUUUCCCCAUGAUGACCGUCGGCGACACGUUGACUUUCGCUGCCGCCGCUCGCCAACACCGGCACGUCCCCGGCGGCAUCGACCGCGACAUGUUCACGCGCCACGUCCGCGAUAUCGUCAUGGCCGUCUUUGGGAUCAGCCACACCGUCAACACAAAAGUGGGGAAUGACUACGUGCGGGGGAUCAGCGGCGGGGAGCGGAAACGCGUUAGCAUCGCCGAGGCGGUGUUGAGUGGCGCGCCGCUGCAGUGUUGGGAUAAUUCGACGAGGGGGCUGGAUAGCGCGAACGCGGUGGAGUUUUGUAGGAGUUUGAGGCUGGAGACGGAGCUAUUGGGUGCGACUGCUUGUGUGGCUAUAUACCAGGCGCCUCAGAGCGCUUUCGAUGUGAGUCGUCCCUUAACCCCAUCCCCUGCUUCCCUCCUCUCAAUCAAAAUCUUACCACCUACCCUCAAUCCCCAAAAGCUGUUCGACAAAGUCACCCUCCUCUACAAAGGCCGCCAAAUCUACUUCGGCCCCACCAGCGCCGCAAAACAAUACUUCCUCGAUCUAGGUUUCACCUGCCCCGACCGCCAAACCACCCCCGACUUCCUCACCUCCCUCACCAGCCCCUCCGAGCGCCUCAUCCGCCCAGGCUUUGAAAACACCGUCCCACAUACCCCGGACGAAUUCGCCGCCGCCUGGAAAAACAGCGACGCGUAUAAAUCCCUCCUGCGUGAGAUCGAGCAGUACGACAAAACCUACCCCAUCGGCGGGGACCACCUCACCAGAUUCAUCGCCUCCCGCCGGGCUCAGCAAUCCCGGUACCAGACCGUAAACUCACCCUACACCCUAUCCUACUGGGGCCAAACGAAACUAUGCGUGUGGCGCGGGUUCGUGCGGUUGAGAGCCGACCCGUCGUUGCCGCUGACGGCGCUGGCGGGGAAUAUGUUUGUGGCGCUUGUGGUCGGGAGCGUGUAUUAUGGGUUGCCGGCGGAGACGGGAAGUUUUUAUGAACGGGGGAGUUUGUUGUUCUUUGUGGCGUUGAUGGCUGCUUUCAGUAGUAUCCUGGAGAUAAUAACCCUCUACGCCCAACGCCCCAUCGUCGAAAAACACACCCGCUACGCCCUCUACCACCCCUCCUGCGAAGCCCUCGCCUCCAUGCUCACCGACCUCCCCUACAAGCUCCUCAACUCGCUCACCUUCAACGUCCCCAUCUACUUACUCGCCAACCUCCGCCGGACCCCUCAAGCCUUUCUCUUCUUCUGGCUCACCACCUUCGUGAUCACUCUGACAAUGUCGAUGCUGUUCCGCACGAUCGGCGCGGCCAGUCGCAGCCAGGUCCAGGCGGACGCCCCGAGUGCGGUGCUGAUGCUGGCGUUGGUGAUGUAUACGGGGUUCACGAUCCCCGUGAAGGAUAUGUUGGGCUGGGCCAAAUGGCUAGUCAAGAUCUCCCCCAUCUCCUACGGGUUCGAAAGCCUCAUCAUCAACGAAUUCGAAGGGCGGGAGUUCCCCUGCACGACCAUGCUCCCCAUGGGUCCGUUUUACAGCGACCUCCCUGCUGUGAAUCGCGCGUGUGUGGCCGCGGGGGCGAUGCCGGGGAGUACGACGGUGAAGGGAGAUGAUUUCAUGAGGGUGGCGUAUGCGUAUGAGUUGGGAAGGAAGUGGCGGAAUGUGGGGGUUGUGGUGGGGUUUAUGGUGCUGUUCUUGGUCACGUAUUUGCUGGCGAGUGAGUACAUCGUUGCGAAGAAGUCGAAGGGGGAGGUGUUGCUGUUUCGACGUGAACGGCAACCCACAAAAAAGCGAGAUGACGAUGAUGAUGAUGAUACCCACGGCAAAACGGAAACCGACAUCGAAUCCAAAGGCGCCCGCCUAGUCUCCCUAUCUCGCCCAAAUACGACCCCGCGCCCUUCGACCCACCCGUCAAUCCACCCCCACACCUCCGUGUUCCACUGGCAAGACGUCACCUACACCCUCCCUGCCUCCCCUUCCCCAAAGCAAAUCCUCACCUCCGUCUCCGGCUGGGUCAAACCCUCCACCCUCACCGCCCUCAUGGGCGUCUCCGGCGCCGGCAAGACCACCCUCCUUGACGUUCUCGCUUCCCGCAUCACCACGGGGGUCGUGACGGGCGAUAUACGGGUGGAUGGACAGGAGCGGGAUCAGGCGUUUGCGCGGAAGGCGGGGUAUGUGCAGCAGGGGGAUAUGCAUCUGGCGACGGCGACGGUGAGGGAGGCAUUGGUUUUUAGUGCGAUGUUGAGGGGGAGAGGGAGUGGGAGGGAGAGGAGGGAGUAUGUGGAGGCGGUGAUUGGGAUGUUGGGGAUGGAGGGGUGGACGGAGGCUGUUGUUGGUGUUCCGGGCGAAGGAUUGAACGUCGAACAACGCAAACGCCUCACAAUCGGGGUCGAACUCGCCGCGCGGCCCGAACUCCUCCUCUUCCUCGACGAACCCACCUCCGGCCUCGACUCGCAGACCUCCUGGUCCAUCCUCUCCCUCCUCCGCACGCUCGCGCAGAACGGGCAAGCCAUCCUCUGCACGAUCCACCAGCCCUCCGCUAUACUCUUCCAGCGCUUCGACCGGCUGCUUUUGUUGGCCGAGGGCGGGAAAACGGUGUAUUUUGGGGAUAUUGGGCCGGACUGCAUGGCGCUGAUUGAGUAUUUCGAGAGGAAUGGUGCGUCGCCAUGUCCGCGUGGUGCGAACCCGGCGGAAUGGAUGUUGGAGGUGAUUGGGGCGACGCCGGGGAGUACGACGGAGGUGGAUUGGUGUGCAGUGUGGGAGAGCAGCCCGGAGUAUGCAGAGGUGAGGGAGGAGUUGGCGUAUAUGAAGACCAACGCUUCACAGUUCAGUCUGCCUGCGCCGAAUACGAGUCCAACCGACACCAAGAUACCCAAGCACGCUCAAGAAUUCGCCGCCCCCUUCCACACCCAACUAUCGCAAACCCUCCUCCGCAUCUUCCAACAAUACUACCGCACCCCCUCCUACAUCUACUCCAAACUCCUCCUCGGCAUCGGCUCCGGCCUCUUCAUCGGCUUCUCCUUCUUCAACGCCCCACAUACCCAACAAGGCCUGCAGAACCAAAUGUACUCCAUCUUCAUGCUCAUGACCAUCUUUGGCAACCUCUGCCAACAACUCAUGCCGCUCUUCGUCACCCAACGCGCGCUGUACGAGGCGCGUGAACGGCCAAGCAAAACAUACUCAUGGCAAGCGUUCAUGUUGAGCCACAUCAUCGUCGAGGUGCCGUGGAACCUGCUUCUCGCCGCCGUGAUGUUUUGCGGGUGGUACUACCCGAUCGGGAUGGACAGGAACGCGGCGGAGGGGGAGGUGGUUGAACGGUCUGGGUUGAUGUUUCUGUAUAUAUGGCAGUUUUUGAUGUUUACGAGCACGUAUGGGAUCAUGUUUAUCGCGGGGGUGGAGAUGCCGGAGACGGCGGGGAAUAUGGCGAACGUGGGGUAUGCGAUGUGUCUCAUCUUCUGCGGUGUCCUCGCCUCCCCAACCACCCUCCCCCGCCUCUGGAAAUGGAUGUACCACCUCUCCCCCUUCACCUACCUCGUCUCGGGCCUCCUCUCCACCGGCCUCUCCAACGUCACCAUGACCUGCUCCCCCUCCGAGAUCCUUACAUUCGACCCACCCACGCUCCCCAACACCACCGCCCCGCUCUCCUGCGGGCAGUACAUCUCGUUCUUCCAGGCCGUCGCGGGCGGGUACAUGGAGAACCCGGGCGAUGUGGAAAAGUGCCACUUCUGUCCGCUGAGCAAUACGGAUGUGUUUUUGGAUAUGUUUGGGAUGAAGUACGCGGAUCGGUGGAGGAAUUUUGCCGUCGUGUGGGCGUUUGUCGGGGUUAAUGUCGCGAUGGCGUUGGUGGUGUAUUGGGCGGUUAGGGUGCCGAAGACCGGACGGGGGUGGUGGAGGAGGGAGACGGCAUAGGAGGAUUUGGACCGCUGGCGGACCUUUCCUGACCUGUUUAAAGGACAUCCUUGCAGACGGCGUAUUUGGCGAUGUGCUUCACCAAGUGGAUUUUUUUACCUUGCCUCAUAUUCCCGACGUCUGCGACGUCUUUUGCACAUACUGAGACACUUCCUUUGUACAUAGACUUUUUGUAAA